UUUCAGAUAUGUAAAUUCAGAGGAAUUGUGUGGUUAUAACAAUGAAUGACCUAAAAAUAAGUAAUAACCUUCUUCGUAUGCUUAUUUAGAGCUUGUAAAGGAGUUGUUUUUCUGAGCGUGCAUAUCGUUACAAUGCGCUUAAAAAAAAAAAAAUCAGUGAAAGCUAUGUACUGUUGUUUAACAGUUACAAGCCUGAACGCAAGAAUUGAAUCUGCAAUUGCCUACUCGUUGCUGCUGAUGGUGGUUGCUGCCCUGAUAACAACUCAGCUCUCUCGUCUGUUUUUCUUGCUUCCUUUGUCAUGGCAGAAGAGAGCUAAGCUGUAUUUUUCAGAGAGAAGGAAAGAGAUGGCGUGUCGGAAUUGAACUGCAAUCGCUAUUUCACAAGCGAAGCAGCCGCACCAACUAACAUACAGAAGGCUUACACAUCAUAAUGGCAGCAGAAGAAUCUGAAAAUGAGCCCUCACAGCGCAGAUGUGAUCCAACUUCUUCUUAUGGAUGUCACAGACACGUCUCUUCUUCCCUUCUCUGUUUUAGGCUCGUAAACCAAUGCUGCUGCGUUUGUUCUGUCACCCCUGCUUUUACCUGUAAAAGAUCUCUUUUUUAUCGAAGUAUCAACCCUGAAGACCUCUCCGAAGUUUCGCAGCUCCGUUUAUAACCCCCACCACUUCUACUCCUCCACAUUUAAUCACUCAUUCAAUCACUUGUCUGCAGAAUGGUUCAUUAUUUCUUCUCACUUAAAGCUCAACGAAGCGUCCAUUUCCUCCUCAUCUUCUUUCUGUUCCUCACUCCAUCCCUGCUCCUAUCAUUUACUCCAGGUCGGCCAUUACUCAAACUCUCUGAAAUCACCCGAGAGGAGAAGGGAGGAGAAGAGAUUAUAGAUGGUUCAAUGAUUGGAUCUAGACCGCCUCUAUGCGUUGGAAUUUGCCGAGCAUGUGGGCGAUGUGAGGCAGUGCAGGUGCCUGCAGUUCCUCAGCAGAGGAAUGGUGGUGGGAGGGUCUCUGCCGCCAUUAACGUUAUCAGAGGUGAUUACAGCUCCAACUACAAACCUUUGAGCUGGAAGUGCAAGUGUGGAGACCUUAUCGUUAAUCCCUGAUCAAUGGAAAAGCUUUUGACUCUUUAUUAUGUGGAUAUAUUGAUUCAUGUGGAUGUGAAAUUAAAAAAAAAAAAAAAGUGGCUCUUUUUGGGUUUUUGAUCUUUGCUGAUUCCUAUCAUAUCUUCUGAAAGUUCGAACUGGGGGAGGCUUUUCAUGCGGAUUGUAUUUUUGUUAA